AUGUCCGACAACGAUCAACAGCAACUCCAAUCUUUAGUUUUGUCCGCUGAAUUAAAUUCGGAAAAUGAAAAUCUCGAACAACUUGGACCAAUAAUCAAAUCAAUUUAUGAUACUGGGAGACAAGAAGCGUUUCUUGAGCAACUAACAUCGUUCGUAAGAAAAAAAGAAGGCGAGAUAGAACGAAUGUGUAAUAGCAAUUAUCAGGAAUUUGUACACUCUGUAGAUCAAUUGUUAAAAGUUAGACAAGGGACAGUUAAUCUUAAAAAUAAGAUAAUCGAUCUAAACUACGAUGAACAAAAGUCCGGGAAAAAAGUUGCUGCAAAGAAAAAAGAGCUUAUACAGACGCGAAGGACUCAGAAAAACAUUGAUGAGGCAGUUGAAACUUUGCAAUUGUGUCUACAUGUACUUGAUAUGGCCAAUCGAGUUCAAAAUCUAGUCGAGGAACGAAGAUACUUUUCGGCAUUAAGGACUUUAGAAGAGUUGCAGACUGUCCAUUUACGCAAAGUGAUUCAAUACGAGUUCGCUAAGCAUAUGCAGGAAUCCAUACCCGUAAUGCAAAAUAAUGUUAAAAACGCGGUGACAAAGGAGAUGAAAGAAUGGCUAUUUCUUGUUCAACAAGAUACACGGAAGGUUGGCAGAAUUGCAAUGGAACAAAUGAAAUUGCGCCAAGAACGAUGGAGGGUUAAAACUCAGAGAAAUCCAGAUUUGCGUUCUGUUUCUGUCAGCUCACCAAUUGAAGUUGUGAUGAAUGAGGAAAAUGAAUUCAAUAUUAUAAAUAACGACCAGGUCAAGAUUGAUUUUAGGCCGCUAUAUCAAUGCCUUCACAUUUAUGAAGAACUUGGAAAACGGAGUGAAUUCAAGUCCAAUUAUGAAGAAGAUAGAAAGGCCCAAGCAAAUUUAGUACUUUCACAGUCUUUUACUUUGAGGGAAAGUAAUGAAAAGGGUUUUGAGGCGUUCCUUCAGGAAAUUGUGGGCUUCUUUGUAAUCGAGCAUGUUAUUGUGCAUUCAACUCAAAAUUUUCGAUCUCAAUCAGAAGUGGAUAAUCUUUGGGACGCUGUUAUAUCAAAAGUUGUGAAAAUAUCUGCGGAAAGUUUGGAAGAUUGCCACGAUCCAGAAUUGUUUCAAAAAAUUAAAUUCUCUUUAUUCACAUUUAUUCAAACACUGGAGGAUUAUGGAUUCAAUGUUCACAGUUUCACCGACUUAAUCUUGACCGUAUUCCAGAAAUAUUCUGAUAUGUUGAAGCGCAAAUUUUCUGAAGAUUUUCAUCAGACAAUCCUUGAGGAUGAUUAUAUGCCUAUGCAAGUUCAAUUCCCCGAAGAGUAUAACGCCGUGGUUGAUGCUUGUUGGUUUAAAGAAGAUCACCGAAUCAGUCAAGCGUAUCCAAGAACUCUUCCAUUUUCCCAAGCAUAUCCAUCGUGCUGCCUAGACAUUAAGAAUUUUGUGAGUCAAUACUAUCAAUUUGCCGAGGAUGAUUCUCGGCAAUAUGGUUAUGUAGACGAUAUUGCAAAACAAACACUAGAUAACAUGUUGAUUGAGCACGUGGACGGCGUGCUACGUGGCAAACUCCAAAGCACAAAUAUCUCACAGAUAGUUCAAAUAAUAAUUAAUCUUGAGUAUUUUGAAAACGCGUGUGAGGAACUUGAAAAAUUACUGAAGACAAAAAGAUCUUCGCAUCGUGGAGGGAAGAUUAAACUGAAAGCGUCCGAUGAGUUUCGUGAAACUCGUAAGAAAGCUGAGAAACGUAUUUUCGAACUUGUUAAUUCAAAGAUUGAUGAUUUCUUAGAACUAGCAGAUUAUGAUUGGACUCCAGCAACGUUUCAAAAUCAUCCAAGCCCAUUUCUUCAAGAUAUGGUUGGAUUUCUUGAUGCACUCAUUAAUUCUACAUUGUAUAAUCUCCCAAUGUCAAUCAAGACCUUCAUGUAUUUUGAUACGCUAAGUCAUUUAGCGACAUCGCUUCGUGACUUGAUUUUAAGCUCCCAAGUGAAAAGGAUUAAUUCAAACGCUGUCGUUAAUUUGAACGUCGACGUCACAUUUUUGGAAAAUUUUGCGCACAGUCUCGAAGAUAAAAAUAUUUCCGACGCAUUUUUAGAAUUAAGACAGAUUGUCACAUUGCUUAGUUCUGAUAAUGUGGAAGAAUAUUUGGACCCUUCAACGCGAAACAAAAAAUAUUCUCGUCUCAAGCCCACAGAUGUUAUAAACUUAUUUGACAAGUGGUCACGAGAUCAAUCGUUGUUAACAAUGGACCCUGAGGAACGUGUUAAGAAGCGUGCAAUGGAAGGCGUUGUUCGUUCUUUGCGAUCCUCUUUGUAUUAA